ACGUUCAUGAAGUCAAGGCCACGCAAUGCACGCCCGUUUCGCCGCCUCUGUGCACGCGCACACGGAGGCGCGCUCUCCAGGGAGAAGACUCCAGCCCAGAUGGCCUCGUGCCACCUGGUUCCAGGACACAGACUGGCUCAAAGCUGUGCUGUCUGUCAGAUGUGUUCAUCAAACUGAAGGAACAGCAGCAUGUUCACCUGUACCACCUGUCUGAAGCUAGUGGAGGCAAGCUACCUGACACAGGUUUACUCCGGAUGCAAGUUCACCUUCUCCAAGAUCCUGAAUCCCUUCACUCAAACCAAAAGGGUAUAAACACACACACACACACACAAACUCUCUGUCUCUGUCUCUCUCUCUCCGGGGGCCCGAGCGCUGGUGGCUGUGGGAACUACAAGGACUCGUACAAACACAACCCCAUCUACCAGGUGAACCUGGAGAGGCCAGGGCCGCUGCUGGUGGAGCUCCGAGGAUCCAGGCAGUACAGCGUCGGCUUCGAGGUGGUGGCGGUGACGGUGUCGACGGUGGGGGACCCCGGCCCGGCUGCCCCCCAGAAGAGGAACAGUGGAGAUUACAGGUGUGGCUUCUGCUACAUGGAGGCGGACCACGUCCCAGCAGGCCUCUACAACGUCAUCCCCACCACCUUCCUGCCCAGACAGGAAGGACCCUUCUUCUUGGACUUUGCCAGCACCUCGGCCCUCAAGGUCUCCCUGCUCCAGUGAAGAUGGAGCGUGGGCUUCCUUGUUCUCAUGAGAUCACACUGAUUAUGUGACCGCAUCCUGGACUCAACAGGAAGUUACGGUGUUAAAACAUAACAUCUGUGAAACGUCACAUUGUCACAAAGAAAUCAGACAGAAAUACAAUUCAGGGUCUUUCUACCUCUUUUCUAUGGAAAGCCGUGAACACCAACUUGUGCUUCAGAUGCUCUCCACUGCAAAGCCU